AUGGGGAAGAUAUUGGCAGUGUUGAAUUGCACUGAGGAUCAGAAGGUUCUUUUCGCCACCUUCAAGUUGACUAGAGAAGUUGAACGGUGGUGGCAAGCAGUAAAGCUGUUAGAAAAGCAGGGAGCAAUUCCUAUAGCGAUGACCUGGGGUCAUUUCAAGCAGAUCUUCUACGACCGAUAUUUCCCCACCACGACCAAGAAUGCAAAGGCGGAGGAAUUUUUCAACUUGACUCAAGGCGCCUCACUAUUCAGCAGUAUGUUCCUAGAACUUUCUCUAUUUACACCUUUCAUGGUCCCAAAUGAAUAUCAAAAGGUGAUAUGGUUUGAAAGGAGCCUAAAUCAAAGGAUUCAUGAGCAUAUGGCAUGUUUGCAGAUACAGGAUAUCAUAGAACUGGUGGAUAAAGCCUCUGUUGCAGAGUCGAGUUUGCAGAGAGGUGUAGAGGCGUGA